AUGCAGGAAGAUGAAGAGAUGAUUAGUGCAAGUACGGAUCAUAUUGAACUAGAAAGUGAAAAUAGGGAAGUGCAAGAAGAUCAACAGAUAGAAAUGGAAGUAAUUAAUAAAGUUGUGGGAAUAGAAGAUUCGUACGAAGUAUUGCAAAGACCUUCGACUUCAAAUACUAAUAUUAUUUGGGGCCCAGUAGAACAAUCCUUUACACCGCGAAAAUCCGUGAGUUUACCAAGAGUUUGCCGAAGUUCAAAUUUAUUCUCGAGUGAUUCCAAGCCUCUUGACAUAUUUUUGAAAUUUUUCCCUAAAAGUUUAAUAAACUACAUUGCCCUAAAUACUAACUUAAGAAUAGAUAAAGCAAGAUCACAAGUAGGAGAUAGAGAUGCUAGAGCUCGCAAACGAAGCUAUAUGACAGCUACAGAUGGAGGCGAAAUAAUGAUAGUUCUGGGUUGCACCCUAAUUAUGGGAUAUAACCAACUACCUUCAUUCUCAGAUUAUUGGUCUACUAAACCUUCACUCGGUAAUGCGGUUAUAAAAGCUGCUAUUAGUCGCGAUAGAGAAGAUAGUUACAUACAAAGCAUUGAUGAGUCAAUGACAAAGUUCAAAGGCCGAUCGUGUCUCAAGCAAUAUAUGCCAAUGAAACCCACUAAUAGAGGAAUAAAAAUAUGGGUACGAGCUGAUGCUACUACGGGGUAUGCUUAUGAUAUGAACGUUUAUGUUGGAAGAGACUCAAAUGCGACUAUGUUACGACAAACACAAGAAAUGACACUCGGAGAAAAUGUUAUUCGCACUCUAAGUGCUACCAUAGAAAAUCCAGAUACAACACUUUGUUUUGACAGAUUUUUUACUUCAGUGACACUAAUGAACACCUUUGAAUUUGCUUGUGUGGGUACAUGUAAUGUAUCUCGCAAAAAUAUGCCUAAGAUCUGUCCCGGACAGAAAUUCAAGCAAGGUGAAAUGGCAUUUGUUGAGAACGGUCAUGGCACUAUUGCGGCUAGAUGGCAAGAUACGAAAGAUGUUGUGAUUAUGAGUAACUGUCAUGAUGCCACGAGAACUGAAGUUCAACGAAAGUUGAAGAAUGGUAUCACAAUACCAGUACCAGCACCAGAAAUGGUCGCCUUUUAUAGACGUGCAAUGGGUGGUGUUGACCGAAAUGACAGAAUGUGUGGAGAGCAUGAAUUUGAACGGAAAUCGACGAAAUGGUGGAAGAAAGUAUUCUACAGGCUUUUGAAAAUGGCAGUAGUAAACUCUUGGGUAAUAUACAGAGAAAAGGUAAAUCUAAAAUGCUCUAUGAAAGAUUUCAUGAUUGAUUUGGCUGAGAAUAUGGUAGAAUACGGAAAAAAUAUAACGGGAAACAAAAGAAGACCUGUGAAUCCAAUGCGACCUACUGGAGGUGUGGCAAUACGAAUUACACCAUCUCUAUUAAACAGGGCUUAUCGCCACGAUUUGUAG